AUGGAACGUUUUAUCGAAAGUGUGAAAAAAUAUCCAUGUUUAUGGAAAUUGGAUGUAGAGGAAUAUAAAAGUAUUGAAAUUAAAGAAGCAGCAUGGAGAAAUAUUGUGGCCAAAUGUGAUAUAACAAAUGUCAAAGAAGCCAAAAUUUUGUGGAAGAAACUACGAGAUGGCCACAGACAAGCUUUAAACAAAAGAAAAAUAACAGUAGGUCAAGCAGCAGGUGAUAUUAGACUUUGGAAAUAUGAAAAGCAAAUGAGUUUUCUCCUUCCACAUCUGACAAAUAGACAAAGGAACGCCAUCGCUAUCGCUGUACAAGAUUCGAAAAUAGGGAUUGAUGAAACGAUUGAAAAUACACAGGCAGAAGAUUCCGAAUUGGGUACAAUGGAAGAGCAGCAAACAACUUGUAAUACAUCGCGAAAUAAAAGAAAAAGUGAUAAUAUUAUUGAAUAUCUGGAACGGAAACAAAAAGAAAGGGAUCAAAAGUCAACAGCGAGAGAUUUAUUUAGGCAAGAGUUAUUAAGUAUGAAGCCAAAGGAAGAUACGGCGCUCAAAAAGUUUUUCGAUAGCAUGCAUGAUCAAACUAGUACUCUGCCAGAAUAUUUACAAAUAAAGGUCCAACGACAGAUCUUCAAUUCUGUAAUGGAGGCCCGAGAAGAAAACGUGAAACAGCACAAUACUCAGGCAGACUGCAGACAAUAUGAACUAUAUUCAUUCGAGUUAAGUAAUUCCGGUGUUGCAAAUACUAUCCCCUCCUCGACUCUAUUACAGACAGAUGCAUCAUCUUCAAAUGAGUAA